GUCACUGGAGUUGAUAAAAACAAGUCAAAUUCUGACUUUGUUCUGCGGCUAAACAGUAAUUUCUGUCAUGUCAGACAUGUGUCAUCCCGCCCGACGGACGUUGGGGAGCAGAAACUGUGGAGGCCAUGUUUAGACCGCUGCACCAACGACAGUGGACGACGUGAAAACUGAGCUAAGCUACAGCAUUUAUGUGUCUAACCCUACAUUUGAUUUAAAUUACUCCUGCAAAAGACACGACUCUAGUGUCCAACUGCCUGGAUUACAGUUGCCGUAAAGUGUCGUAAAAAUGUUCAGUCGUAAUUAUCAGGGUGGAGCCGUUGUGGAGAUCUUUAGCGCACAGGGAAAAGACCCCGUGGCUCAAUGGAAACUAUCUGGAGGGCCUUCAGCCAUACAGAAGGAGUAUAAUAAAGAAGUCAAAGGGUUUGUUUACUGUCUGAAAGGAAGCAGCCAGACUGUCAAGAUGCAAAUGCCGGAGAAUAGGAAGAUGUCUCUUGGGCUGCAUCAAAGAUUCUUGGUCCUUCAAGUCAAUAUCCCCCAGACCAAGGACUUUUCCCUGGAGCUUGUAAUAACUGACUUGGAGCACCUGAAGAGGAGACUUCACUUAUCCACAGUGCAUAAGGAGCUGACUGCCACUCUUUUACACGCCAGGGUACCUUUUGUGGGCCUGAAACGGGAAUGUUGGUCCACUUUGUGCAUCGACCUGGUGUCCAUCUCCACUGGACUGUUCAAGGGGUUUUCGUCACUUGAUGGCAUCACUGUGUUUGCUAGUUGUGAAAUCCGUCGAAUCUUCACAAUGAAAACCGGGCCGUUGGUGACGGAUGAAGUGGUGUUUCUCAGCGGACCUGGUUUCAUGGAUGAGAUUCCACGCAGCUGCCAGUUCCCGGCUGGUUUGAUCCACGUAACACAGGUGUUGAAUAUGAAGAAUUUGCAGAAGACAGACGUGAGGAUAGUUCAUAAGAGCUCUGAACGUGUGCCCGAUCAGUCAAACGCUGCCACAUCAAGCAGUAAUCAUCGGGUGAGGACACCGAGUGUUUUACACACUGCCUCGGGCUUCAAACCCUCAGCAGCCGCACCACCACAGCCCGGAAGAAAAAGCAGCUUAGCCUCAGGCAGAAUGACUAGGAGUGUACUCCAAAUCUCUGAUAUGGAGGCGUCAGUCAGUGAACGGAGCCAAGGCGUUCCAGCGGAAGUUCAGAGCAUCGGCUGCCAGAGUGAGAGCGUUUCACCAGAGGAUCACACGGGAACACCUGGCAGGACGCAGCCUCAUCCCCCAGCUGACAGGCAGAAAUCAAAGAAGCCGGUGGUCCUCCGAGCAGGAGCAGAUGGUCUUACAUCACCAGAUGCUGCGUCCGGCCGCUACAGAAAUAGAAGUAAAAACGAGGAGAAGGUUCCAUCAUGCAGCGAGGAGGAGAUCAAACAGAGACCUUUGACCCUGAUAGAUAAGACAGAGCACCUGAAGGCAGAUGAUUUCAGCCUCAGUCCCACGAAGGACAUUUUCAGACUGACUACCCCCACGUCAGAGCCUCCCUCGUGCCCCCCCCGGGCAGCGUUGCCCCGUGACCUGCAGGCCUGGAGUAGCUGGGAGAGUAAUGAAGGGUCGGAGCCCCAGCUCACCCUGCAAGAAGAGGUGUUCAGUUUCUCAUCGCAGCCUCACUCACCCAAACGAGGGCAAGGCCAGGGUGACCAGGAGAAAAUGGAGAAGGGACUUGAUCAGGCACAGAGCGGGAGUGGGCAGCGACACGAGGCGCGACCAGAAGAUGACUUUAUCGGCAGCGAAAGUGAUGAGGAGAAGAACUCCAGUCCGUCCACUCCCAGAUCUCCUGGUCCUGGUUUGAACCUCCUGAAGUCUCCUAGUCCCCAUAAGACGCUGCCAGGAGAGCUCAGUUCCGGCGUCUCUGACCGUCACAUUAAGUCCUCGUCCAGCGGGGGACCUGGACUGGCCGUCGCCCCCUCACGCUGCCUCUCACCCGGCGUGAGGAGCAGCAGGCAGGAGUCCAAACAUGGCAGAAGUGGACCAGGGCGUGGAGCGAAGCAGGUGCAGAACGGGAGCAGCAGAGCGGCGCCUUCCAGGAGUCUCCGGCAGGAAGUGGAACCAGAUGACGCCUCUCUGCACCAGGAGGAAGAUGAGCCACCGAAGCCUGUUGAUUCCAGUCAUAAUGACUUACACCUGCUUGGCAGUCUGAGGUUACAAGGGGAUGAGAAGGAGGAAGAGGAGGAGGAGGAGGAGGAGGAACUCCAAAUGCUGGCAAGCCUGAAACGGGAACAGGAGGAAGAUGAAUGUAGAGCCCCGGGCCUCAGUGAAUCUCAGAUCCGCCAGUGUAAUGUCAGCGUGAGCAUAAGCAGUGAUGACACCACCACUUGGACCCAGCAAGUGAAUCAAGGUCACAACUAUCAGAGUGAAAUGAACCCCCUCCAACACUCCAACCCCAGGGAAUGGAUGGACGUGCUUAGCCCUCCGAUCAUGCCUGCUCGUCAGCCCGGAAGGUCAGGGAACACGCCCAACGAUUGGGGAAAUCUUGGCGGCGGGGGAGACGGGCGUGUGAAGGAGGAGGAGCCGGAGGAGGAGGAGUAUUUGAAUCUGCUCUACGACGCUUGUCUCAACUGUUACUUCGACCCAAAGACGGGAAAAUACUACGAACUAGCUUGACCAAUGGCUGAAGAGGAUCCUGAUGAAUCAUUUACCAGUCACUGAGUCCAUUUUAUACUAAUCCUUUUCAUCAUCAUCAUCAUCGCCGCCGCUGCUCUGGUUGUUGGAAAAAAAGUAACUGGAACUUUUUUUUUUCCCUGCCUGUGGAGAAACAAUGGCGUCACGUCAGCGAAGGAGGAAGUAGCACUCCAUGAUCUGUGCGACGAGCGGAGCUAUCGCUCUCUCUCUCUCUCUCUCUCUCUCUCUCUCUCGCCCCACCCCCAGUGAAGAGGGGGGAAAAAAAAGAAAAAAGGCUUUGAAAGAAUAAAUUGUUCUAAAAUAUAGAUUCAAACGUGUGUAUUUAAUAUAACUUCAUUAAAACGGCAGCUCUUCUGUC